GUUUCGUUUAUGCUGAAACCGGCGGGGUUGCUGCUUCACUAGCUUCUAUGCUUUCAUCUAGUUCACAUUAUGGACAAAUCUGCUGCAGGGGCGACUAUGGCUGUGAGCCGUCCUCUUAAAGGUCUGGAAAACAGGCAGGUGAUUCAGAUCGCGUGUGGAGACCAGCAUUCAAUGGCACUAACCAGGGACGGUCAGCUGUUUGUAUGGGGUGAUAACACUCACGGUCAGCUGGGUUUGAAGAAAGCACAGCCCAGGUCUCUGUCAGCUCCUCAACGUGUGGAGAGUCUGUGUGGGGUCCCACUGGCUCAGAUCAGCGCUGGAGGAGACCACAGCUUUGUGUUGUCUCUCUCUGGAGUCGUGUUCGGAUGGGGGAAGAACUCGGCUGGACAGCUGGGCCUCGGAGACACUACAGACAGACGCGUCCCAACGGUUGUAAAUAGUCUGAACCGAAAGAAAACUGUGUCCAUAUCAUGUGGAGGGGAACACACUGCCACUUUAUCAAAGGGCGGCUCAGUCUUUACAUUUGGAUCAGGAAGUUUUGGCCAGCUUGGGCACAACUCAUUUAAAGAUGAACAUCAUCCGAGGGUCGUUGCUGAACUGUGGGGAUCUAAAGUGUCCCAGGUCACAUGUGGGAGACGUCACACACUCGUAUCAGUCGAAUCGUCAAAGCUGAUCUAUUCAUUUGGAUGUGGGAUGCAAGGGAAGCUGGGAAAUAGAGAAAUGACCAAGCAGUCUGUGCCUUUCCCUGUGGAUCUGUCAAAUGAAUGUGAUCAUGAAUAUACAUUUGAAAAACGCAUCACUGGGGAGAAUCAUUCCUUUGCCUUGGUUUUCAAAGGGCUUGAGAGUAAGUCAGAAUCCAGUCACCAAGGGGUUUUGACAUUAAAUGACAGAAUGAUUGACCGAUGGGUGUCUGGAAGUGAUACAUGGCCAACAAUAAAGAAGGAAAUAAACACAGUGUUCUCCUCGGCUGCUUGUCUGAAUGGAAGUUUCCUCAAAACAAGUUGUGAUGAACAUUAUCAGACUUCUGAGGAGCAUUGUGGAUUGGAUUUUGAUCUGGUUAAAACCUCCUUCGCAAAGUUAUUCGAGAAUAAAGGGUUGAUAUCAGAGGUAGUGAAGGUAGUUCAACAGACACUCCUGCCGUCUCUGAACCCAAAUCCAACUGGUGUGGAAGCUCUGAGACUUUACCUUCUCCUCCCUGAGCUCAUCAGAGGACUCCAGAAACAAAGAACUGAACUCACUGGAGCACUGGCCUCCAAAAUCCUUCAGUUGAAUCUAGAUGCUCGUACUGUGUUAGGUAAAACUGGAGGACCAUUUCGACCUUUGUGUUUUUUGGGCUUGUUGUGUUUGCCUAAGUAUUUGUAUGAUAUAUUUUCAGUGAUGUACUGGUCCAAACUCCCCAACGGUUGGCUCAAAGACUUAGUGAAGUUGUUUCGGAAAGAAAGUGCUGAGUUGAUUGGCCAGAUUUCUUGCGGGGAAACUGAGCAUGACUUUACUAGACGCCUGCAGAACUCUUUGCAGGUCCUUCAGGUGCUCUAUAAGAUCUGUUGCACUACCCACAGUGACAUCACAAACAGUGAUUUCAUCAUUCAUGAGAUCAAUGAUCUUUUAGAUACGCUGGGAGCCACCAUGGCAGUACUGGGUGAGAUGUUUUUAAGAGGUUGUUUCACAGAAGAUUUCCGUGACAUAGUGAAAUUGAAUGAAUACUACUUUGUAAUUAUUGAUAUAUUGGUCAAGUUCCCUUUUGCAGCUGACACGUUAUCUAAACAGAGGAUGUUUACUAACUUGCAGAAUAAGUGCAUAUGGAGCUUUCCUGACCAAGAGAUGCUCAUGUUAAAUGGCAACGUGUUGCGUGUAAACAGGGACUCCCUGUUGACAGACACCUUAAAGUAUCUCAGACAAAAAACCCACUCAUUUUUAAAUCUAUUAAAGGUCGAGUUCAUCGGGGAGAAUGGAAUAGAUGAGAUGGGCUUAUCAGCCGAAUUCUUCUCCCUUCUUUCCAAGUCUCUCCUCAACUGGGAGAAAAGGCUGCUGGAGGUCCAUGAGACUUUACUGGUUUGGUUCAAUCCUAAUCGCACGCAAUGUAAGGAUUUUUACUAUCUUGGCGUUAUCUGUGGAAUGGCGCUGUACAACCAUCAUUGCAUAAACAUUGACUUCCCAUUGGCCUUGUUCAAGAAACUCCUCCAGCUGAGUCCCACUCUGAAUGAUCUGGAGGAACUGUCCCCUGUGGAGGCCAGAAGUUUGAAAAGCCUUCUCGAGGAAGAUGAGGACGUCGUGGAUAUCCUCUUUUUGGAUUUCACAGUCAAAGGGCAAGAGCUCGUUCCAAACGGAGGUCAAAUUCCAGUGACCAAAGUUAAUAGACAGAAGUAUGUGGAUUUGUAUGUCGACUUUGUUUUCAACAAGUCUGUGAAGAAUCAGUUCAGGAAUUUUUCAAGAGGUUUCUCUGAUGGCUGCCCGCUCGAUAUCUGGAGCGUGUUCCACCCUGAAGAACUGCAGGAGCUUCUCCACGGCUCCCCUAAAUAUGACUGGCAGGAACUUCACCAGUCUGCUUCCUAUGAAAGAUGUUCUGCCUCUGAUGAGCUUAUCAAGAACUUCUGGACUGUUUUCUUUGAGUUCUCUGAAGAGAACAAGAAGAAAUUUCUGAUGUUCUUGUAUGGGACGGACCGUGCACCAGUGGGAGGUUUCUCAAAGCGUUCUCUUAAGAUUAGUCAGUCAGAUGGUCCUGAUACAGAUCAGCGUUUGCCAGAGGCUCAGACCUGUUAUGGCAGAUUAAUUCUUCCCAAAUACAGCAGUAUCAACACACUUCGCAACAAGCUAGAACAUGCAAUCAACUUUUGUCAGGUUUUUGGACGAAUGUGAACAUCCAUUGAUGUUCCAAACCCCAAAAUAUACAAAACUGAGUGUAUGUUGAUAAAACUUGUAGGUUAUCUGUUUUUAAAAUGUUAUAUGAACUAUGUGAUUCUUUCCCUAAACUUCUUUCAGUCACAAGUUUGAAAUAUAGAUGCAAAACAGCUCAGUCAAUUAAAAUAUCUAUCUUAAAAUUGUAAAUAAUUGUAAAUAAACAUUAUAGAUGUCAGAGCUACUGUACACAGUAGACGUUGUGAUAUAUAUAUGUGUGACUGUGAAUAUAUAUUAAAUUACCUUUCAUUGUUUUUUUAUUUACAGAUGAUAGAAUAACUGAACUAAUGCAUUUUUUGUCAUUUUUAUUAUCAUAUAUGAUGAUGCAUGUAUUCUGGUAUGUCACUUUAUUGUAUGUCCUGUUAUUUGGUGGUUCUUCAAACAUAUUUAAACGCUUAAACAAAUAAAAAGAUAUGUUGUAAAUACUA